CGCUGAGACGUCAGUCGGUAUUUCUCGUACGCAUAGGACUAAUUAAUGGAAACGCGUCGAAAUGAAAUCGCAGCAACUGCAGCAUUUUGGUGUUAAACGUGCAUGUAAACGUCAUCACAUAUCAUGAUACACCACGAACAGUUACUCCAGCUAAUGCUAAGAUGCACAAGGCGCCUUCCCCAACUAAGAGGAAGGAGGACGACAAGAGUAAACAGCGCGGUAAGGAGAAGUCAGGAACCACAAAAGAGGGCGCCGACAAAGACCGGGGCCGGGAGAAGAACCGCACACGACGCAGUGCUUCUAGUGGGAGCAGCAGGUCCAGCUCCAGCUCCAGCAGCAGCUCAGGUUCCAGCUCCGGCUCCUCCAGCGGCUCCAGCUCCUCCGCCUCCAGCCACUCGGGCUCCUCCAGUUCCCGCUCCUCGUCCUCCUCAUCCUCGUCCUCCUCGCCGAGCCCCAGCCGCCAACGCCACAACAACAGACGACGCUCCCGCUCGAAGUCAAAAUCGGCAAAGAAGGAUGACAGGGAUAGGCGACGUAGGAGCCCCACACCCAAACCUACCAAGGUGUACCUGGGCCGCCUCACCAGAAACGUCAUCAAGGAACACAUCCAGGAGAUCUUCUCCACCUACGGCAAGAUCAAGAUGAUUGACAUGCCAAUGAACCGCAUCCACCCUCACCUGUCCAAAGGCUACGCCUACGUGGAGUACGAGACCCCCGAGGAGGCGGAGAAGGCCCUGAAACACAUGGACGGAGGUCAGAUCGACGGCCAAGAAAUCACAGUCACAGCCGUGCUGACUCCCACAGUGCGUCCCCCACCUCGAAGACUGUCUCCACCCCGCAGGAUGCCUCCCCCACCUCCGAUGUGGCGGCGCACUCCACCCCGAAUGAGGAGAAGGUCUCGGUCUCCAAGGAGACGCUCUCCGGUGCGACGCAGGUCUCGGUCGCCAGGCCGACGCCGCCACCGGUCGCGGUCCAGCUCCAACUCCUCCCGCUAGUGAACGUAACCCCCCCCCCCCCCUUUCUCUUUUCAAUCUUCUCGUUAGUUUUGACCUUUUGUUCAGUGCGUUCAAGCAAACGGUGAAAAAAAAAUACCAGUUUUAGUGUCGUUAGCCGUGAGUUAGUUACAUGACGAGAGCUUGGACACCAAACAAAACUACUGCGUCCGUCAAUUAUUUUAGCCAGUGUCUGACGGCAACAUACACGUCUGUUUAUUACAUCAUAAGACACACAACAUAUGAACACAGCUCUUAAGGGAGUGUAAAUGUAGUCUGUUAUACUGUAUGAAGGAACUGAUUUAAAGUAGCUGCUUCUGUGGGCUAGAGUUCCUCGACUGUACGCCAGUAGGACAACGGUAGCCAAAUAGUGGCCGUCAAAUCCUCUCAACUAAAUUAUUUUGACUGGUUUUAUUACAUGUUUUUAUCGUAUUUUUUAUUGUUGACUGUUACUAAUUUAUUGUCAGAAAUGUACAGAGCUAUAGAAGAACCAGUGUUAUAGUUAUUUUAUUGGUGUUUAUUUUUAUGUGUUGUCAUAAGCUUAGACACAUCCAGUUUCUUAAGACGUGGAUGUCUUAAUACAAGACAUCGUUGGAAAUAUUCCUUCUGGGCCACAUGUUUUAUUAGCUGCUUUAAAACUGCAUUAAUAGUUAUAUCUGGCCCCCAAAUUCAAUAAUACAUAAUAUAAUUAAUUCUUAAUAUAUUUAAUUCUUAAAUUAAUUGAAAGUAAAAAUAAACACACCUAAGGCUUUUAUUGGAAAUUUCUGCUCCAUAGCUGGGACUAAAUGCCAACCCCUUACGUAGAAAGUGAAAAUGAAAAUGGUUUCUCGACAGAGAUGUGACAAGUCCUACAGAAGGCAGAAAUUGCCGGUUUGCGCAAACGGUAGUGCAUCGAUGUGUGUAGAUACUUUGUUCAGAACUUGACGCCUUAAGAAAAGUUGCAGGCCAUAAGUGAGAUUGUCAGCGGUUUGGUGUACAUGAACAUGCUGAAUUAUUAUGACUACAAAGUCCGACUCAGCUGCUCCGGCAUAGAUCUGCCUGGCUAAUCAUACGGCCUAAUAUGGUGAUGGACAGAAGAGUAACAGUGACAUCAUCUGUUUACAUCGAAAUGGCUUUGAAUUCAGUUUAUUCAGUUGCGUGCAGUUAUUUUUGUUCAGUUGAAUCGCAUGCCGUUUUGAAAGUUCCGGUGGUGUGUUACCAGACACCUGAUAAGAGUUGAGUCAGGCUGUUUUGGACAUUGACAGGAAGUGUAGGGAAACACCUUAACACUCUGAUUAACACACUCAUGACAAAUGGUAGUUUUAGUGAGUGUUAUCUAAUGGAAAAAUUUCUUAAGAAACACAACACCAAAGGGUUACAUAAAGUAACUCAUUGAAGUGUGUAUUACAAACUUUGGUAGAUAGUCAUUCUACCUGCUGUUGAGGGUGCGAUCUGCCACAAAUAAAACACUGAAUUAAUUUGACUGAUAUGAACCAUUUAUUUUAAAUGGCAGCACCGACUUCAUAUUUGUUGAAGUGUUCCUGGUUAUAUUGAAGUGUUUCUGUCACUUCUUUGCGUUUAAACAAUCCACUUUGCUCAAAGGGAAGCCAUUGAAGGUGCCUGGGGAGCAGUCUGUUGGUUGCAUACUAUUAGCAAAAUGCUAGUGUCCAUGUAACCAUGUGAUUUUCCUUUUUCUAAUAAACUUAGUUUUGAAAGGAACAACACAAAUACAAAAAAUGGCAAUAAAUAAUUGUGCAUUUUCUUCUCUACAUAUACCAUUGGUAAAACUAAUGGUUGAUAGAUCAAUAUAUUUAAUCGCGAUUAAUCGUAUGAUAUUCAUUAACGAUUAACCUAAAUGCGUUUUCUUGAAAACCUGUUUCAAUCAGGGAUAUUUUUCCAGUUUUGCUUCCUUUCUACAAAUGUACAGUAUGUCAAGUAUUAUUAUUGCAUCAGCUCGAAACUGUGACCGAUGCUGCCCAGCAUUCUCUUCAGAAUAAGCAAACCUCCCAUACAAAACAUUUCUUUAUCAUCUGUUUCAGUUUGAACACUAACAGGACUAUUACUGCCCAUCACAUGGUAAAAUUAGUUACUUCGACCACACUUUAGAUUCUGCCUGCUUUCCAUGGUGCCACUGCUUCAUGACUUCCCAAACUACGGCAUGGGCUGAUGUCAUAAUGACUCAUCAUUUAGUUUUUUGUAUUUCCCCUCAGAUGUGAUGUGAAGUGCUUGUCUAACUCUGCUUGAUUUGCAUUUACCACUGUAUUUACCACUGUAUCUACUACUGUAUUUACUACUGCAAAGCCUGCGGCCCAUUCUACUGUUUACAUCCGGGCCAUUCGGCUACGGUCUUUUCUGUUAAAAAAUGUGCUGCUCUCAAAGCCAUGAUCUACAGCUUGAUUUUAGUGUCUGUGCUCUCAUCACCGAACCAGUGAUGACUUUAAAUAGUUUGAAAAUAAUUAAUAUAUUUAAUGUGUUAAUGAGUGAAAUCUAUCUGACACUGACUGUAAGUGCUGCCCGCUGCCAUUUUGAUAAAAAAUAGACUUUAUAUGGUGCUACUGGUUAGUAUUGAUGUAUGAAUUUGUAUUGUGCUUUACCUUCUUUGACUAGAGACAUUUAGUGGCGUUGGACUAACUGACAGAAAUACCAGUGAAUAGCCCUCUGAUGAUGCUCAUACUUCAGGGAAAUCACAGGCUGGGAUGUGACUGAUGAAUGAUUGGACAGAAUUAGCAGUAACUCAAAACUAAUCAAAUGACUCGCAUGCACCUGUCAGAGUCAGAAUAUUACAUAGUUUACAUACAGUGUCACCGUCAGAGUUAUUUCUGUUCUUUUGUCCGCUGUGGGAUUUUUCGUACGAUGCUGUGGUUUUUAGUUACGUUGCUUUGUUGGGCUGAUGCAGCCGUCUGCGGUACUUGUGUGUGUCUUAUUUUGUACCGCUGACAAAUUGCACUGUCCAUCUUGUGUAAAUAAACCCAUGACCGCCUGAUUUCAACA